AAGAAACGGUCACACUGAAUUGAGCUCGUAUAAUAAAUUUUUGUAUAAAAUUUAUGUUUUCUUUUUGUUCUAUAUUUUAUUGUUACCGUAUUAAACUGAACAACGUAGUAUGCCACCCCCAAGACCUAAGGGGACAGGAUUUACAACAGGAGUUACCCCAGCCAGACCAAACUCAAAUACGCCCAUGUCCGAAAGACAGCAAAUGGCUCUCUUAAUGCAAAUGACUGCUACAUCCUCCACAGACUCAACCCGAACAACUAUAAAAAAGAGUGAAUCCAAGAAAGGAGACAUUGAGAUUGAGGAGACUAAUUCAGCGGAUAAGCAAGAAGUUAUUGACUCGAAAGACAAAACAUCAGCGGAUGAAAACAGCUCGGAUGGUAAAAACGCUGAUGCGGCCAAUCAAAGUACGCCAGGUACGAAACGCAGCUUCUCAGAUAUAGAAGAGGAUUUCGAGGAAUCUGGCGAAGAUCUGAAAAAGAAGAAGCGCAAGGACUCGGAACACUCAAAGGACGCGAAGAGUGCCUCGCUUAAGCUAUCUUCAAGAGUGGAAAAGGGCUCAAAACUAGCGGCGACGAAGGCCUCACCUUCCGGGAGUAAAGCCAACGCAUCAAGUGCUGAUAAGGAGCAGGUGGAGAUUAAUAAGAAUGUCGAUAUUGAAAACGAAACGGAAUGCAGCGAUGAUUAUAAAAGUAAUGAUAGCAUAUACAAUGGAGGACCCAAAGUGCCGCCAUUGAAAAUUGUUAUUCCGCAACAAAAUUGCUCGAUUGAUACUGAGGGAAAUGUCCUGAGAACUGGCAAGGUGACUGCCUCGCGAAAUGCUGCCCUGCCGUAUGUUGUUAGCUCAAACAGUGACUCGAUUGAUGCCGUCAUAGCAACCACCCAAUGCAUGAGCCCACACGAAAGCCCACAAAAAGGUAGUAAUAUCAUUUGCUCCACCGUCCUCGAUGACAAAAACAUCAAGCUAUUCAAUGAUGAGAAGAAUUUGAGAGUUCUGCGAAGCUCUCAUCGGUCUGGUGUGGCCAGUGCUGAACGCAGCUCGAAUAACUCGUCCCCGCAAAUGCAGAGCAGCUCCCCAUCGCCGGCGUCCUCGAAUCAUGCCAAUGAUAAUGUGGAUGUAAAACUAUCCUACGGUAAUAUGACUUCUAGUCCCAUACCACAGGGUGCUCAGUUUGAUCAGGAAGCGCUAGCCAAUGUUCCGAGCCCAUCCACGUCGUCGACAUCGUCGUCAAAAGAUGUCAAUCCCUCCUCAAAUGUUGACGUCCAUCCGCGCAAGCGGAAAAUAAGGCCGAAAACUAGCACCGAUGAUGCCUCAAAGAAUUCGAGCACAAACCUGGAUGCUGCUACGAAUGCUGAAGAAUCUCAUCCUCAUGAUUCCCCGUUCACAAAUGGAUUUCAAAUGUUCUUGAGUAUUCGGCGACAGAUUGAAAAGAAAUGGAAGAACUUGUACCCGAUUAAACCAAGGCCACCCCAAGGCUACAAUGAAUAUCUGCUGACGAAACGAACGUAUCUGUUGAGCAAAACCGCUGAAAAAAUAGAGAUUCAUAUACCGAAAUCAUUGCCCCAGAGCAUGCACAAGAUUUAUGAAGAUCAGGAGACGGCCAGACGUCAUUUAAACCGGCAGCAUACGGUUGAGCGGGAAAAGCUUUGCUUGAAUGUCGAACAGGAGAUAAUUCGUGUCCAUUCAAAGGCAGCCCGAAGUAUAUCAGGCCAAUUGGCACCGUACUCCGUUUGUACUUAUCUGAAAGAUGACGAGGUUUACAAUAUGUUCACGCCCGAGCAGGACGAAAAGGAAAAGAGUGCACGUUGCCGUUUCAAUGGGCGUUUGUUACUCAGCUGGCUGCAAGAUGUUGACGAUAAAUGGGAGAAAAUUAAGGAAUCUAUGGUACUACGGCAUCAUAACGAGGCGGAAAGUCUGCAUGCCGUUCAACGCAUGGAUUGGAAUAUCUGUGCGAGACGAAGGAAUCUAUCGGACUCGCAGCUCGAAGCGACUUUAGAACAUAUACCCAUUGUUUCUGUUGGAGAUGAUUUUGACAUACUGCCUAAUUAAAAAAUAAAGUUAUAAAACAAAUCAAUCA